AUGUCGACGGCUGCAGAGGUCGAAAAACAAGACAUGGAAAUCGAAUUGGGCGGUAUUCAUGUAUCGAUUUCUGUACUUCGACCUGUGGGAUCAGGACAAAAGAUAUUACCCAUCAUUUUAUUUUUACAUGGUGGGGGUUGGGUUUUUGGAAGUUACAAUAGUCAUCGUAUAUUGACAAAUCAGUUGGUGACAUUAUUGGGAUGUUGUGUGGUCUUUGUUCAUUAUUCGUACAGUCCAGAAGUAAAGUACCCUGUUGCAUUGGAAGAAUGUUAUACCACACUUUGUUGGCUUCAACAAAACGCUGCUUCUAUCCAUGCCACAACCGAGGGACUUGUGGUCUCGGGAGAUUCUGCUGGUGGAAAUCUUUCUGCUGCAUUAACAAUUCUUGCUAAACAACGAGGGAAUACAGGCAUCAGCUUUCAAGUUCUUUAUUACCCUGUACUUGAUGUAAAUUUUGAAACAGAAUCAUAUAUUGAAAAUCGAGAGAAUGCGUUUUUACCGCGUACGACGAUGCAAUAUGUAUGGGAAGCAUAUCUGGAAACGGAUAAUCAGAGCACGUUGGCUACGGCAGUUCCGAUGGUAUAUGAUGAAUUUGAGGGGUUACCACCUGCACUGAUUAUUACUGCAGAAAGGGAUGUGCUUCGAAGUGAGGGAGAGGCGUAUGGCAAGAAACUCAGUACGGCGGGAGUAGAUACAGUCUGUGUACGUUAUGUGGGAAUUGGGCAUGGAUUUUUGACCAUGCCAUUUUUACAAUCUCAAGCGCAUGCAGCCAUUGCGCAAACGGUACACGUUAUAAAAUCACAUUGGAACUCUUUUGAGUCAAAACUUUAA